AUGAAGCGACAUUGGAAUAUUGACUGUCUGGUUGAUGAGCUGCAGUUUGAGGGCAUGCCAAUGCUACGACUGGACGAGAAGACGCCGCUGGAUGCAAAAGUGCAAUUUAAUAGUGAAAUGUUGGCUUUAGUUUGCAUGCAUGACGCAAGCGACGACGAGCUGCUUACAGCCUUGGCCAGGAUAAUGCAUCGCAUGCGAGAGACACGCAUUAUAAUCCUGCUAAGCAGUUUGUCAGCUGCGCAUACCAAGCAACAACUUUAUGCAAUACGCGAAAUAGCAAGUGAACAGAAUUUUGUUAACUUAUUAGUGCUACAAGUAACGACUAAUGAAACAAAUUGGUUCCGUUUGCAGCCAUUUCCGCAAGCAAUUUUAAUACCAAGUGCAGAAACUAUUGAUGGACUUGUGUUCCCAAAUGUCUAUCGCAACUUUAGGCGAAAAAUUGGCAAAACUUUAUUCCUUCAAAAUCCACCACAUAGUUUCGUAUACACAAAUUCGCAAACUGCAAACUUUAGCGUUAGCAAGGCUUUGAGUUUGGGUCUGCAGCAGUUUGACUUUCAAACAAGUUUCUUUUUGAUGAAGCGAAAUCCAUUUCAUUCUAAUCUAGAAUUCGGAAUCUCUUUGGGCAUUACGAAUCUUUUCAUUGUAGUGCCCUGUGGACAGCGGGUUAGCAUAGCUGGCACCUUUGCUGGCCUGAAAGUUUAUUUACUAGUGGGUUUAACUAUACGCACAUUUAGAUUCUCAUAUACGCUCUGCUUUUUUAAUUUGCCUGCAUUUGGCGGCAUUCUGGGACAUCAAAUACCAUUGAGAUCGCAUAGGGCAAGCGUUACGCUUAGACAACUGAUUUUGCUUAUAUGCUUCUAUAGCAUGGUCUUUAAUACGUUCUUUAAUGCCAAGCUAAGUUCAUUGCUUACCAGACGCCAUCAGUACAGACCUAUUCAGGACUUUGUCGAGCUGAAAAAUAGUGGCACGCCAGUAAUAUUCAAUGAAGGAUUAAAAGAAUUUCUUGAGAGCCAACUGGAUGCGCACUAUUUUGAUAAUGUGAUACGCAAUGCGGUUUUCUUAGCCAGCAUAAAACGUCGAGAGCUGCUUUAUGCCUUAAACACCAGCAAUGCUUAUCAGCUCUUUAGUGCGGCUUGGCCUUAG